AUGGGUCGAGUGUCUUUCGCAGAACCAGCUGAGAACACCAUCAUCGAGGAAGAUGAACCUGUAAACAUCUACCCGUAUGAGAACACGCCACAGAACAAGUCAUGGGCUGGUGCGCUCCCCGUGAAGCAGGGUCUUUACGACCCUGAGCUUGAGAAGGAUGCCUGUGGUGUCGGUUUUGCAGCCCACAUCAAGGGCAAGGCCAGCCACAAGAUUGUUAGCGAUGCACGAAACCUCCUCUGCAACAUGACACAUCGUGGUGCUGUCGGUUCAGAUGCGCGCGAUGGUGAUGGUGCAGGUGUCAUGACAUCUAUUCCCCACAAGUUCUUCGUCAAGGAGUUUGGAAAAGAGCAAGGAUUCACACUUCCCAAGCAGGGACAAUACGCUGCCGGCAAUGUUUUCUUCAAGCCUGACACCGAGGUCCUGAAGGAGACGUUGAACACAUUCGAGGAGACGGCAGACAGCCUCGAUUUGCGAGUUUUGGGAUGGCGUGAGGUUCCGCGUGACUCCUCACUGCUUGGUCCUGCAGCCGCCUCUAGAGAACCUAUUAUCCUUCAGCCCUUCAUCGUCCUCAAGUCCGCAUACGGUGAUGACAAAGCACCCAAGGAAUCCUUCGAGUCUGAAUUUGACGAGCCCUACUUCGAGCGCCAACUCUACGUGCUGCGCAAGCGUGUCACCCACGUUAUUGGUCUGCACAACUGGUUCUACCUCUGUUCCUUGAGCAACAAGAACAUUGUCUACAAGGGUCAGCUUUCUCCUGUCCAGGUCUACGAAUACUACUUCGAUCUGGUCAACGUCGACUACGAGGGUCACUUUGCCCUCGUCCACUCCCGUUUCUCCACAAACACUUUCCCUUCAUGGGACAGAGCACAGCCCCUCAGAUGGGCAGCCCACAAUGGAGAGAUCAACACCCUGCGCGGAAACAAGAACUGGAUGCGCGCGAGAGAGGGUUUGAUGAAGUCUGACUUGUUUGGUGACGAGUUGGAAAUGCUUCUGCCCAUUAUCGAAGACGGUGGCUCUGACUCUGCUGCAUUCGACAACGUCCUCGAGCUUCUCACUAUUAACGGUGUCUUGUCUCUUCCUGAAGCAGUCAUGCUGAUGGUUCCCGAGGCAUGGCAAGGCAACCGUGCUAUGGACCCUGCAAAGCAAGCUUUCUACGAAUGGGCAGCUUGUAUGAUGGAGCCCUGGGAUGGUCCCGCUCUUUUCACCUUCGCCGACGGCAGAUACUGCGGUGCAAACCUCGACAGAAACGGUCUCCGUCCUUGCAGAUACUACAUCACAGAUGAUGACCGUAUCGUUUGCGCUUCCGAAGUCGGUACUAUCCCUAUUGAGCCUGAAAAGAUUGUCCAGAAGGGCCGUCUUCAGCCCGGAAAGAUGCUUCUGGUCGACACAGUCGCUGGUCGCAUUGUCGAUGACACCGAGUUGAAGCAGACCGUUUCCAAACGCAAGGACUUCCAGAGCUGGAUCAGCAGUCAGCUUAUUACGAUGCCCUCUAUCUACGACAAGCUCUCCGAGAAGGGUGCCAACCUUGGCUUCACCUUGUCCGAGACCAGAGUUCAGGAAGAUCCUAGAUUGAAGGCCUUCGGCUACUCUCUUGAGCAGGUCAGUCUUUUGCUCGGCCCUAUGGCUGCCGAUUCUAAGGAGGCUCUCGGAUCUAUGGGUAACGAUGCCCCGCUGGCAUGUCUUGCACAGCAGCCUCGUCUUCUCUACGAAUACUUCAGACAGCUCUUCGCACAGGUCACCAACCCUCCCAUCGACCCUAUCAGAGAAGCAGUCGUCAUGUCUCUCGAGGCAUACGUUGGACCCCAGGGUAACUUGCUCGAGAUGAGCCCCUCUCAGUGCCAUCGUCUUCUACUCCCCUCCCCUUUGCUCUCCAUUGAGGAGUUCAACGCUCUGAGCCAGAUCUCGCAGCUACACCGUGAGUGGAAUGUUCACACCGUCGACAUCACCUUCCCCAAGAAGGAGGGCAUUCAGGGUUACCUUGAUGCUCUUGACCGCAUCUGUGACCAGGCCGCCGAGGCUAUCGAGAAGAACGACAGAAUCAUUGUUUUGUCUGAUCGCGCAACCUCUGCCGACCGUGUCGCUGUCUCUGCCGUUCUUGCCACUGGUAUGGUCCAUCACCAUCUCGUCCGCAACAAGUGGCGUUCGCAGGUUGCUUUGGUAGUUGAGACUGCCGAGGCCCGUGAAGUUCACCACAUGUGUGUCUUGGUCGGUUACGGUGCCGAUGCCAUCUGCCCCUACUUGGCUAUCGAGUGUAUCAUGAAAAUGUCUCGCGAGGGUCUGAUUAGAAAGAAGUUGAGCCCCGAGCAGCUCAUUGACAACUACAAGCACUCUCUGGAUGGUGGUAUCCUGAAGGUCAUGUCGAAGAUGGGUAUUUCCACUCUCCAGAGUUACAAGGGUGCUCAGAUCUUCGAGGCUCUCGGUAUUGAUGACUCUGUCGUCGACCGUUGCUUCACUGGUACUGCUACCCGUAUCAAGGGUAUGACUUUCGAGCUCAUUGCCCAGGACGCUUUCGCCCUCCACGAGAAGGGCUUCCCUAGCCGUAACAUUUUGGAGAUCCCCGGUCUUGCCGAGACUGGUGAAUACCAUUGGCGUGACGGUGGUGAGCCCCACGUGAACGACCCUACCUCCAUUGCCAACAUCCAGGAUGCUGUUCGCACCAAGAACGACAAGUCUUACGAGGCUUACUCCAGAUCUGAAUACGAGCAGAUCAAGAAUUGCACUCUCCGUGGUCUUCUCGACUUCGAUUUCGAGGACCGUGCUUCCGUUCCUAUCGAUCAGGUUGAGCCUUGGACUGAAAUCGUCCGCAGAUUCGUUACUGGUGCCAUGUCUUACGGAUCCAUCUCGAUGGAGUCGCACUCUACCUUGGCUGUUGCCAUGAACAGACUUGGUGGUAAGUCCAACACUGGAGAGGGUGGUGAGGACCCCGAGCGCAGCUUGCGCAUGGACAACGGCGAUACCAUGCGCUCUGCCAUCAAGCAGAUUGCCUCUGGUCGUUUCGGUGUCACUAGUGCUUAUCUUGCCGAUGCCGAUGAGCUCCAGAUUAAGAUGGCUCAGGGUGCUAAGCCUGGUGAGGGUGGUGAGCUUCCUGGACACAAGGUGUCUGGACCUAUCGCUCGCACUCGUCACUCCACUCCUGGUGUCGGUCUGAUUUCCCCUCCUCCUCACCACGACAUCUACUCUAUUGAGGACUUGAAGCAGCUCAUCUACGACUUGAAGUGUGCCAACCCCCGUUCGCGUGUUUCCGUCAAGCUUGUCUCGGAGACUGGUGUCGGUAUUGUCGCUUCUGGUGUCGCAAAGGCCAGAGCUGACCACAUUCUGAUCUCUGGUCACGAUGGUGGUACCGGUGCUUCCAGAUGGACCGGUAUCAAGUACGCCGGUCUUCCCUGGGAACUGGGUCUCGCUGAGACUCACCAGACUUUGGUCCUGAACGAUCUUCGUGGCCGUGUUAUCGUCCAGACUGAUGGUCAGCUCCGUACUGGUCGCGAUGUUGCUAUCGCCUGUUUGUUGGGUGCUGAAGAGUGGGGUUUCGCUACCACUCCCCUCAUUGCUAUGGGUUGUAUUAUGAUGAGGAAGUGUCACUUGAACACCUGCCCUGUCGGCAUCGCUACCCAGGAUCCCGAGCUGAGAAGCAAGUUCAAGGGUACUCCCGAGCACGUUAUCAACUUCUUCUACUACGUCGCCAACGAGCUCCGUGCCAUUAUGGCCAAGCUUGGUUUCCGUACCAUCAACGAGAUGGUCGGCCGCACCGAAGUCCUGCGUGUCCGUGAUGACCUGCGCAACGGAAAGACCGAGAACAUCGACCUGUCCUUGAUCUUGACCCCCGCCCACACUCUUCGUUCAGGCGUUGCCACCUACAACGUUCGCAAGCAGGACCACAAGCUCCAUGUCCGUCUGGACAACAAGCUCAUCUCCGAGGCUGAAUUGGCACUUGAGAAGGGUCACCCUUGCCGCAUUGAGUGCGAUGUUGUCAACACUGACCGUGCUCUUGGUGCUUCUCUCUCUUACCAAGUCAGCAAGCGCUACGGCGAGACAGGUCUUCCUACCGACACCAUCCACGCCAACAUCCGUGGCUCUGCCGGUCAGUCCUUCGGUGCCUUCCUUGCACCUGGUAUCACUCUCGAGCUCGAGGGUGACUGCAACGACUACGUUGGUAAGGGUCUUUCGGGCGGUCGCUUGAUCGUCUACCCUCCCAGGAACUCGGUCUUCAAGGCCGAAGAGAACGUCAUCGUUGGUAACACUUGUCUUUACGGUGCUACCAGCGGUCAGUGCUUCUUCCGUGGUAUGGGUGCUGAGCGUUUCGCUGUCAGAAACUCCGGUGCCACUGCCGUCGUUGAGGGUGUCGGUGACCACGGUUGCGAGUACAUGACUGGUGGUCGUGUUCUCAUUCUCGGACCCACAGGCAGAAACUUUGCUGCCGGUAUGUCUGGUGGUAUCGCUUAUGUCCUUGACAUGCAGCGUGACUUCGAGGGCAAGGUCAACCAGGAGAUGGUUGAGCUUUCUCCUCUCGAAGACCCUGCUGAGAUCGCUUUCGUCCGCGGUCUCAUUGAGGACCACCACCACUACACUGGUUCCGAACUUGCUGCCCGUGUCCUUCUCGAUUUCUCCCGUGCUCUGCACCGCUUCGUCAAGGUUCUGCCCACCGACUACAAGCGCGUCAUGGAAGAGGAGGCCAAGAAGGCUGCCGAGGCUAAGAGAGCUCAAUACCCACUCCCCAUAAUGCCCGGCAAUGCUGUCCGUUCUCUUCACGAGGACUCUAAGAAGAAGCAACACGACGCUGAGGACCGUCAGAAGAAGAAGGACGACCUUCUCGAUAUCGAGGAGAGUGUCCAGGAUGGUAAGGCUGAGAAGAAGCGCUCCGCCCUCGUCCUUGACAAGACUCGUGGUUUCAUGAAGUACCAGCGUCGCUCUGAAAAGUACCGCAGCUCCAAGACUAGAACUCGUGACUGGCAAGAGCUGUCUCAGCGUCUCAACGAGGACGAACUCAAAUAUCAGGCUGCCCGUUGCAUGGACUGUGGUGUUCCUUUCUGUCAAUCAGACACUGGAUGCCCUAUCUCCAACAUCAUCCCUAAAUGGAACGAGUUGCUCUUUCAAGGUCAAUGGAGAGACGCUUUGAACAGACUGCUCAUGACCAACAACUUCCCUGAGUUCACUGGUCGCGUCUGCCCUGCUCCUUGCGAGGGUGCCUGUGUUCUUGGCAUCAAUGAGGACCCUGUCGGCAUCAAGUCCAUCGAGUGCGCCAUCAUUGACCGCGGUUUCGAGAUGGGCUGGAUGGUUCCUUCCCCUCCUCAGGUCCGUAGCGGUAAGACUGUCGCCAUCGUUGGUUCCGGUCCUGCCGGUAUGGCCUGUGCCGACCAGCUGAACAAAGCUGGCCACAGCGUCACUGUCUACGAGAGAGCCGAUCGUGUUGGUGGUCUGCUCAUGUACGGUAUCCCCAACAUGAAGCUUGACAAGAAUGUCGUCCAGCGCCGUGUCGACUUCCUGGCCGCUGAGGGUGUCAACUUCGUCACUGGCGUAUCUGUUGGCGAGGGUGACGUGUCUCUCGAGUCGCUCAGAGCUGAGCACGAUGCCGUUGUUCUCGCCACUGGUGCAACCGUUGCCAGAGACUUGCCCAUUCCCGGCCGUAACUUGGAGGGCAUUCACUUCGCCAUGCAGUUCUUGCACAAGAACACCAAGUCUCUGCUUGAUUCUGGUCUUGACGACGGCGAGUACAUCUCUGCCAAGGGCAAGCACGUUGUUGUCAUUGGUGGUGGUGAUACUGGUAACGAUUGUAUUGGUACCUCCGUCCGUCACGGUGCCAAGUCUGUUGUCAACUUCGAGUUGCUGCCUCAGCCUCCUACUGAGCGUGCUCGUGACAACCCCUGGCCCCAAUGGCCCCGCAUCUACCGUGUCGACUAUGGUCACUCCGAGGUCAAGACUCACAUGGGCAAGGACCCCCGUGAGUACUGUAUCCUUUCUAAGGAGUUCGUCGAUGACGGCAGUGGCAAAGUCAAGGGAAUCAACACCGUCCGUGUUGAGUGGACCAAGAGUGCUUCUGGUGGUUGGGACAUGAAGCAGGUUGAGGGCAGCGAGGAGUUCUUCCCUGCUGACCUUGUCCUGCUCUCCAUGGGUUUCCUCGGCCCUGAGGCUCGUGUUCUCGGCGACGACAUCGAGAAGGAUGCUCGCAAGAACGUCAAGACUCCUGCUGGCAAGUACAACACCAACCUCCCCGGUGUCUUCGCCGCUGGUGAUUGCCGUCGUGGUCAAUCUCUGAUCGUCUGGGGUAUUAACGAGGGUCGUAUGGCCGCUCGCGACGUGGACUCCUUCCUUACUGGCAUGGGCACACAGCUCCCCAUCACCGGAGGUAUUGUCAAGCGUGCCCCCUACGAGCUGCUGAACAAGACCAAGGGUGCCCCCCUUGAGCUCGUUUCUGCUGCGUCGUAA